AUGUCUGCUCCCACCACCUUCCUCAUCACUGGCGCGAACCGCGGCCUUGGCAAGGGUUUCACUGCCAAGCUUCUCGAGAGGUCUGGCGUCACCGUCAUUGCAGCGGCAAGGGACCCCGCCAGCGCGUCGUCCCUCGAGCAGCUCCCCAAGGGCGAGGGUUCGCGCCUCAUCAUCGUCAAGAUCGACUCGUCCUCCGACACGGAUGCUGCGGCCGCUGUCGAGCAGCUCCAGAGCAAGCACGGCAUCACCUCGCUGGACGUCGUGAUCGCCAACGCCGGCAUCGCCAAGUCGGGCACCUCGGUCGCGAACACGACGCCCGAGCUCCUGCGGGAGCACAUCAACGUCAACGCCGUCGGACCCCUCACCCUCUUCCAGGCCACGCGGCCGCUCCUUCAGGCCAGCAAGACCGGCAACCCAGUCUUCCUGCCCAUCUCGACCAUCAUCGGCAGCCUCGGCAGCCAGGAGGCCCUCGAGAGCUUCGGCCUGCCACCGACCCUGAGCCCCUACGGCGCCAGCAAGUCGACUCUCAACUGGCUCAUCAAGCGCGUUCACUUUGAGGAGCCCUGGCUCACGUCUUUCGUCGUCCACCCCGGCCUCGUCCUGACCGAUAUGGGCAGCGGCGCCUUCGGUCCCGGCGUCGACCCGAAGGAUUUUGGUGCCAUUGACGUCGAGACAAGCAUCAAUGGUCUCGAGAAGCUGCUCAACGAGGCAACCCGGGAGAACAGCAGUGGAAAGUUCUUCCAGUAUAACGGCGCUCCCCUGCCGUGGUGA